AUGAUUUAUGAAGGCAAAUAGUCUAUUUUCAGCCAUCAAGAUUAGUAUGCUCUAAUUCGAAUGGUGAACUCCGAAGAUGACACAACCACUAAGAAACAUGAGGAGGGUAAGACUACAUUCACAUUAAGAAUGGCAAAGUACUUGUCAACAUCUGGGAUUGGAGAUUAUUUGGAUGGAAUAAACGUACUCUUGAGCUUCCUCUUAACAGUUUUACAUCUGAUUGAUUGUUCUUUUUGGGAUCAAGGAGGAAACUAAGAUGUUGGCGAGGGAUAAGCGAUAAUUACAGUAAUUUCAAUCAAAUUAAAAGUUCUUAGAUUCCAGAGUUGAUCUGUUAUAUCUAUUUCCUUCUUGAUUUCGUAAUCAAUUUCUAUCUGUCAGAAAAUAAACUGUUCUUUACAUUUUAAACUACAUCAUUAAUUGAAUACGUUUCAAUAUUUCCAUCAUUGCUUGCUAGAUUAAAUAUUAUCACUGGAUACAAAUAUAUCUACAUGUUGAGAGUGCUACGUUUCUUGUUGUGUUACAAAUUGGAUAAGGUACUACAGAGACUGUCGAUGGAAGGUAUUUAAUUGGUUUAAUUUAGAGUAUUUAGGUUGGCAUACAAACCAAUUGUAACUGUCAUGUCAAUAAUAAUGAUAAAUUCUUCAGUACUUUACGUAGUUGAACAAGAUUACUCAAUAGUUGAAUACAUAUAUUUUAUGGUUGUGACGAUUUCAACAGUCGGAUUUGGUGAUGUCUAUCCAACGACAAUCUACGGAAGAUUUUCGAUUAUUGUUGCAAUCUUGAUCAUGUUUUUGGUAUUGCCAACCCAAGUUGAAAUGCUGACCCGAGUCUACAGUUUACGAAGUUAGUACGCAAGGAACAAGUACAUUUCAAAGAAGGAAUCAGAACACCUUCUUUUGCUUGGAUCAUCUUAAGUUGAAGGAUUUAAAACAUUUUUAAAUGAGCUUUAUCAUACUGAUCAUGGGAUGAAUGAUAUCAAUACUGUAAUACUCUAGCCUUCAGCACCUACUGAAGAGAUGACUCUCCAAUUGAAAUAGCCAGCUCUAUAAGAAAAAGUAAUAUAUUUAGAGGGACAUCCAUUGUAAAAUAAGGAUCUAGAAAGAUGUAGUUCAAAGGAUUGCAGUUGUGUCAUUGUUUUAGCGAAUAAAACAAGUAGAACACCUAAGAGAGAUGAUUAUCGUAAUAUCAUUCAUGCAUUUGCUGUGAAACAAUUUGCAAAGAAACAGAAAUCCAGAAAAGGGGCUCGAGUGUGUUUGCAAGUACUGCAACCUUCUAGCAAAGAUCUAUAUUUUAAUUCACUUGGGGGUCAUGAAACUGAUUAAGUCAUUUGCGUUGAUGAACUUAAACUUUAUCUGCUAGGGAAAACGUGUUUAUGUCCUGGAAUAAAUACACUUAUUUCAUUUCUGAUUUAAUCAUCCAAACCCUCUUAUGAUAUUACAAAGUAUGACAAAAACAAGAGUGAAUGGAUAGAUGACUAUUUAUGUGGAAUGUAAAAUGAAAUCUAUAGAGUACCAUUAGAGUCUCUCGCAUUUGUUGGCCUGACAUUUAGUUAAGUAAUUUAUGAUUUUUAAUAACUUAGAUUUCUUCAGCCAUAUAUAAGGAGCUGAACAUUAUUCUAUUUGCUCUUGAAGUAGAAUUAGAAUCAGGCACCAGUGUGUUUGUAAACCCAGUUGAAUACCUAUUUGAGGAUUACUUGCAUUACGGUUACGUGAUAGCCAAUGAAAUGCCCAAUAUUGAGGAGAUUCAAUAGAUCAAAUUCCCUGAGUACAUUCAAAGAAAUUACUGCUUUCCCAAUUAACAGAGACAAUAAACCAACAAGAAUGCCCUCCAGUAAGAAGCUGAAUACUUGAAGGAAAUAUUGAGUGAAGGUCUCAAAGAUGAUUCUUCUAAACACCCUGCCUAUUAUUAAGUCAAGCCUUAAACUAUAACUACUGGACUCCCUAAAGUAGGGGACCAAGAGAAAUUCGAAAAUCACUUCAUUGUAUGUGGAGUUGUCACUGAUAUGAAAUACCUUAUGAUGCCUCUCCGAGCCAGAUCUCUAAAAAAUAUUUAACCAAUUGUUAUACUGAAUUAGGAUCUGAUCCCCACCGAAAUACAACUUUAAAUUAACAAAUUCCCUAAAGUGUAUUUCCAAUAAGGAUCUCCUCUUAAUACUGAGGAUUUGAAAAAGGCCUGCAUUCAAAAGGCUUCGGCUUUGGUUAUCCUACAAAAGUCUGCUGAUUAGGAGGAGGGGUUAUCGAAUAUCGUUGAUGCCGAUACAAUCUUCAUAUAUAAGACAGUGAAGUUAUUAAACUAAAACAUAAACAUAAUAACUGAGUUGGCUUCCAUUUCAACUAUUUCUUUCUUAUAGAUCUCGAGGAACAAUUAUGUUCAGAAAUACGAUUGGUCAGUGAGUGAGCCAUUUGCCUCAGGAGAAAUUUACAUUUCCACCAUGCUUGAUACAUUAAUUUGCCAAGCCUUUUACAACCCUUUUAUCACUAGCAUUUUUGAUUAGAUGAUCUUAGGAAGUGCUUCAGUUAACAAAUAGGUAAUCAGAUCAUCAAUAUCAUUUCCAGCAUAAAAAACUCUACUAAGCCAAUAAAUUACAGCAAAGCAACCUAUUUCUAAUUAACAUCCCUCCAAAGUAUUAAGAGAAGACCUUUGGAGAGCUGUUUGAAAUUUUACUUACUGAGUAAAAGAUGAUUCCCAUCGGACUCUACAGAGGAGAGAAGGUUAAAAACAACAAUAAGCCUUAUGUGUUUCUUAAACCCCCCAUGGAUGUAGUUGUAUCAAGCAAGGAUAGAUUGUAUGUCUUGAGUGGCAAACAGCCCAAAGAACAAGAGAACAUAGUUGAAGACGAAAACAAUUUUGGAUAAACAGCAGCAUCUUAAUAAUACAAUAUCAAGUCUAAACUAUAGGGAGAGGAGGGCAGAGUUGAUAUUGAGUUUUCAAGAGAACUAAUGAAAUUUAAGGAGAAAACGCAGAGCUUUGUGAACUAGUUGAGUAAGAUAAACAAUAGAGUCUUUAAUUAAGGAUUGAUUCAUGAUUGUAUUCUAAAAUAUGUAUUUAGAAUUUGUUAAAAAUGUACGAGAUUUAUUAAAAGAAGAAUUAGCCAACCUAAAUCCAACAACUUGA